AUGGAGGAUUUGAAUGAUCCACUGGGGCCUAUAAGAGUGGACACUGACGCACAGGAAAUCCUUCUCGCUUCAUCGCAGCAUGAUAUUCCUCGUCUGCGCCAACUAAUCCGCGAAUAUGAAAAGGCAGAAAACCCAGUGAAUGUCAAAGAUCCUGAAACUGGGUAUACUCCUCUUCACGCUGCAAUUGCUGCUUGUGAAAUGGAUACGGAGGAAUCAGCAGACAGCCACCAAGUUCCCAAUGGGACUACAAAUGGUGAUUCUAGUACGGUACCAGAUGCUAGACUGAUUGACCGAGCAAGCGACGUUGUGAAGUUCUUAUUGCAAGAAGGAGCUAUAUGGAAUGACUUGGAUUCUAAGAGCGAAACCCCUGGCUGCCUGGCUAGGAGGCUAGGACUCAACGAGCUUUAUAAUUUAAUGGUUGAUGCGGGCGUACGCGCCGAGAUGUUGCUUAAUCGACUUUAUGGCUAUGAAGUGCUUUUGGAUGAUGCCGACGACGAAGAGGCGGGAGGUGCUGGUGUAUCGGAGGAAAAAGAAGCACAGAUUGACAAACCACAAACCGUACCGGAGUCAAAUGCUAGCACCGGUCAAGACAUGGCAGACGAAGCAGAGCCAGAUGUCAGCAGCUCUCACUACCUCCAAUCCAACUUAACAUUUCGACACGAUCGAUUACUCGAUGAAGAUAAAAACGGUAUAAUGAUGGCCUGGGAAACAGAUAUCAUGGCUAAAUCUGCGAAAGCACUUCUUCCUAGACCCGAGUUGCGUGUUCUAAACAUUGGCCACGGCAUGGGAAUCAUCGACAGUCUCUUCCAAGCUCAGCAACCAAUUACCCAUCACAUCAUUGAAGCCCACCCUGAUGUCAUUGCAGAUAUGAAAGGCAAAGGUUGGCACGAAAAACCCGGAGUUACAAUUCACGAGGGCAGAUGGCAGGACAUCCUCCCGAGGCUCAUAAAUGAAGGAGAAACCUUCGAUGCAAUUUAUUACGACACUUUUGCAGAAUCCUAUUCCGACUUCCGGGAAUUCUUCUCGGAGCAAGUUAUUGGCCUUCUUGAACCAGAAGGGAAAUGGGGAUUCUUUAAUGGAAUGGGGGCAGACCGGCAAAUAAGCUACGACGUCUAUCAGAAAGUUGUGGAAAUGGACCUACUUGAAGCUGGCUUUGAUGUUGAUUGGGAGGAAAUAAGAGUCCCGCAACUUGACAAGGAAUGGGACGGUGUACGAAGAAAAUAUUGGGUGGUGGAUAAUUACAGAUUGCCGACAUGCAGGUACCUGGACUAG